AUGAAGGGACGUGUAAGAUGGAAUGAGGAUAAUAUUGAAGAAAUUGAAGCAAACAAACCCGUGAGACAAAAAAUUACUGAACCUAAGACUCCGUAUCAUCCUAUGAUUGAUGAUGAAAGUUCUCCAUCCCCUGUACGAGGAGGUUUUGACCAAUGUAUUGAAGAUAAAAAGCGCUCUGCCAAUUGUGAACAAAAUGCUUUCAAUCAUACUCUCAUUUGUAGCAAAAAAGGAACUAGACCAUCUGACGGCUGGACAACAUCUGAGGAUGAGGCAGAAGAAAUUGAAGGCGAGGACGAAAAAAGUUUGAGUUUUAAAGAGCAACGAAAGGCCCACUAUGAUGAAUUCCUCAAAGUCAAAGAGCUGCAACAGAAGGCUUCAAUUAUAGGGGAUGGAAGUGACGAGGAAAAUAAUGCAGGGCUUACCAAGAAGGAGAACAAAAAUCACUCAUCUUCUUGA